AUGCCGCGACCCUUACUACUGCUGGCAGCGGUGCCAGCCAUUCUCUUCAUCAUCUAUUCCGUGGUCCCUGCCAGUCUAAAGGAGUCGUACGCGUGGAUGGAUCCCAUCUCGCUCAACACCCCCGCAUCGAAUGGCAGGCCCAGGCGAUGGUUCAACAUGGGCUACUGGAAUGAGACGGGAGCGGCCUGGGCGGAUGACUUCUCUAAGGCGAAUGAGAAUUUGGCUUGGAAGCUGCGCGAGUUUGCAAACGUUGAUGCGAGGGGUGCCGUCCUCGAUAUAGCACAUGGGACUGGCGAGUCCUUGCUCGUUCACUUGACCUGGGCCACUUCGCCCGCACGCCUCGAUGCGCUUACAUCCAUACCAUCCGACACGACCUUGGCGCGCGCUCUGGUCCGCUCUCACAAGGUGAACGAGAGUAUCGGCAUCCCCGUCGAGUUUUACACCGGCUCGGCUAUGCCUCGGAUAGGAAACGUGGACCACCAGUCUCAUCCUCUCAACCCUAUGAAGGGCUUUCUCGGCCAGUCUUCUGGGGCUUCGGCGCACGGCAGCUACGACGAGGAGGAUGACGGCGAGGAGUAUGAGAGUAGCCCCACCGGACAAACCCCCGCGACGAAAGGAUACGACCUCAUCUACAUCUUGGACGCAAUCUACCACCUUCCCCCCUCCAUCAAGCCCUUCCUUUCAGCCGCGUACCAAGGGCUUGCUCCGGGAGGGGCCAUUGCAUAUACCGACAUCCUCCCGCCUGUAAAGGGCCUCAACCCCAUCAUCGCUCGGAUCGUCUCGUUCUUUAUCGGGGUACCUUUGCCUAAUCUCACCCACCGACCCGGCGGUUUGCAGGCGUACAAGGCGGAGCUGGAAAGUCUGGGGUAUGAUGACGUCAAAGUCGAGGACUGGGGGGAGCACGUCUGGCUGGGAUUUGCAACGAAUCUGCAACGGCGAGGAGGAUUCUGGGCGCGUGUGGGGAAACGGGCAAAGUGGGCGUACGAGGAAGCAGGAUGGCGGUUCUUGGCUGUGAGGGCGAGACGGCCUGAUAAGACAUAG